GGGGCCGGACUAACCAUGGCUGAGGAGGAGGAGAAGGCGGAGUUCUGCCUCGCUGCGCUCUAUAUAAGCGGGCGGUGGCAGCGGCUGCGCGGUGAUACUGACCUUCAGUGUCUCCGUCCCAGCGCCAUGGCGCCUUCCAGGAAAUUCUUUGUGGGGGGAAACUGGAAGAUGAACGGGCGAAAGAAUGGUCUGGGGGACCUCAUCAAAACUCUGAACGCGGCCAAGGUGCCAGCCGAUACCGAGGUGGUCUGUGCACCCCCCACGGCCUACAUCGACUUCGCCAGGCAGAAGCUAGAUGCCAAGAUUGCUGUGGCUGCACAGAACUGCUACAAAGUGGCUAACGGGGCCUUUACUGGGGAGAUCAGCCCUGGCAUGAUCAAAGACUGUGGAGCCACGUGGGUAGUCCUGGGGCACUCUGAGAGAAGGCAUGUCUUUGGAGAGUCAGAUGAGCUGAUUGGACAGAAAGUGGCCCAUGCCCUGGCAGAGGGACUCGGAGUAAUCGCCUGCAUUGGGGAGAAGCUGGAUGAGAGGGAAGCUGGUAUCACUGAGAAGGUCGUUUUUGAGCAAACCAAGGUCAUCGCAGAUAACGUGACCGACUGGAACAAGGUCGUCCUGGCCUAUGAGCCUGUGUGGGCCAUCGGUACCGGCAAGACUGCAACACCCCAACAGGCCCAGGAAGUACAUGAGAAGCUCCGGGGAUGGCUGAAAUCCAAUGUCUCUGAUGCAGUGGCUCAGAGCACCCGCAUCAUUUAUGGAGGUUCUGUGACUGGUGCAACCUGCAAGGAGCUGGCAAGCCAGCCUGAUGUGGAUGGCUUCCUCGUGGGUGGCGCCUCCCUCAAGCCUGAAUUUGUGGACAUCAUCAAUGCUAAACAAUAAGCCCAUCCAUUUCCCCUAGCCCCUUCCUGCUGAGCCAGGGCCCAGGCUGUCCAUAACCUGAUAACUGCCCCACACACAUGCUUCUCACGGUGUCACCUGCCCCCCACCCCACCUCUCGUGGCCCUACUGCAACUUGAUUGUUUACACCUUCCCCCUGUAAUGGUUGGGACCAGGCCAAUCCCUUCUCCACUUAUUGGUUGGAACUAAACAUGUCACCAAGGUGGCUUCUUCUUAGCUGAGAGGUGGAAGUGGGGGGUGAAGCUUGCUUGUGGGUCCCCUCUGUCCCGUGAGGGCAGGAGAAACUAUUCUCCUCUUCCCCUCUCACCGUGAGACCAGGGGUGCCACCCUCUCCCAUGCCAGUGCCUGUGCGUGUGUCUGUCCGUGAACAGCCCUCGAGUGGAAAUAAACACCUGGCACUAA